AUGUCCUCCGUGAAGCUCGGAGAAGACUACGUGUGCGUACCGAAGCUUGAGGUCAGCGGCGCGAACUGGGUCCUGUAUAAGGAAUGGUUAGCAUGGGCCGCCGAUGCGAAGGGCGUCUUGGGCCAUCUCGACGGCACGUCGAAGGAGCCUGUUGAGCCGGCCGCUUCGGCUGCGAGUCAGGCCGACUCCUUACAGAAGACGUACCUGGACGAGCUCGCCGUAUGGCGCAAGGGCGAGGCAGUGGUGAAGCAGCUCAUCGCGAGCACCAUACCGGACUCCCUGUUCAUGAAGAUCCGCGCGAAGCCGAAUGCGCGCGAGAUCUGGGACGCGCUUGCCCGCGAGUUCGAGAAGAAGUCGCGCAUGGUCUCGGUCGACCUG